AUGAAUAGUCAUGUCGCCUCUAUACUGCAAGAGCUUGUGUUUUUCCUCAGUCUGGUCUGCAUCAGUGAAACCCUUCGUCGCUUGCUACGCCGAGCAAAGCCGCAGUCCCGGGCGGUGGAGGGCUUGCUGAUUUGCAGCCUGGUGUUAGGCGUUUCCAUUACACUGGUGCUGCUGAACAAAUGGGUCAUGACCUCCUGGAAAGGUGGUUUGCCCUUUCCAUUGCUUUACACCAUGAGUCAUAUGGUUUUGAAGGGCUGCUUCGCGCUCUCCUACUUGAAAGUCACAUGCCAGCCGCUGGGCCUCCCAAGUCGCGGCGCUUGCUGUGGGGCAACGCUGGUGGGGGUGAUGACUGCCUUGGACGUGGCGGCUUCAAACAUGAGUUUCCUUUUCAUCACCGUGGCCUUCUACACGAUGCUCAAGUCCGCCUCAUUGAUUUUCAUCCUGGCCGCGCACUCAGCGUUUCGAACAUCUCACCGUAGCUUCGGGAUUGCUGGAACCGUCCUUUUGAUCGCGCUGGGCAUCUUCAUGACUUCCUACGGCGAGACGGAAUUUGAUGUACAAGGCUCCGAGCUGUUUGCCGCGAUGCGAUGGCUGGCCACGCAGAAGACCUUGCAUGCCAGCGGCCUGAGCGCGAUGCAGACGGUGCUUUUCAUGUCCCCGGCCUCCUCGUUGACCUUGGCCCCCAUCGUGUGGUGGCGAGAACGCCACAAGCUGAAACUUUUAGCCGAGGUAACAUCGAACAUCGCCAUGUGGUCCGCCCUGGCCUUGGCCGCCUGGGCCUUUCUGCCGCCGGUUCUGGGCAACUACCCAGCGAUCACGCCGGAAGAGGUCUGGUGUACCGUGCCCAACUAUCGCUACUACCGCUGGACAGUGAUCAAGGCUCGUGGAUAUCCCAUUAGUGAAAGCCUGGACUGCAGCUAUUCCCCAAAGCCGGAUGGAUGCAGCUGCAGCGUGUCCAGUGAGUGCCUCUCAGGCUACUGCAUUGGUGGCACGAAUUGCAGCUAUCCCAUCUAUCAAGUGGCUGAAUUGGAGUUCUAUCGUGGAGGUUCAAAAGUCAAUACCCAGAAGGUGAAUGACACGGAGUUCGAUGCUUAUCGCGUGGUGAAUAUGAAUGAGAUACCACAGACCUGGGGCAUUUGGGAGCUUGAGUUUUACAGCGACACGAGUUGCAGCACUCUGAUCAAUGGCAACGGCACUGUGAUCUCCUCCUCGGCCAUGGCUGCCGGCUUUGGGCAUUCCAUCGAUCACACAGCCCCGUUGGGCCUCCAUGACACGCCCAGAACCUACUGGCAAUCAAGGCCAUUCGAUCCUCCGAUGACCUUUGACUUGCAUGGGCCUGCCAUGUAUGCCUUCGAUGGAAACCUCACGACCAACUGGUGGGCGGACUGUCGGCCAUGCGCGGCACAAAGCCAAUGGCUGGGCCUAUCGUUCGCAGAAGCGCAGAAGGUGAAAUGCAUCCGAGUGGUGCAAGACAAGGAUCACGACUAUGCGUCCUUCAGCUUGGGCUUGGAAGCUCGCAAUAUUUCGACUGGAUCCUGGGUACAUGUGACCACCUUCAAUGCUGCUACAUGGGCCUAUGGAGGCGUUUGGGAGCAGCUGGUGGUGCCUCAAGGCGUCGCCUUCUUGUCAGACCUUUCGCACGCGCGGGCGCUGGACGGCGACCUGAGCUCCACGGUCGUGGACUUGGUGGGUGUGGCCAUGGAGUUCGACUUCGGAGUGGAAACGGAGCUGGACGCCUUUCGCUUCGCCACGGCCCUGGAGCCGAGCGACGACCGACAGGUCACGCACGAUGGCGUGGCGUGUCAUUUAGAUGGCCGCUGCUUUAGAGAUCCGGUGCAAUGGACCCUGGAAGGUUCCUUGGACCGUAGCACUUGGGUGGUCGUACAAGCUCAGAACGCGUCGGACUAUUUGACGCCCAUCUAUCGGAGGACCUGGGUUGGCUUGCAACGACUUACCCACUUGGUCUCCUUGGACAUCACCGACAUUUGGCCUGACGGCCGAGGGACAUGCGCGGUACGUCGUUGAGAAGCUUACAGCUUACGUGGUGUACGUACGUCCCAUGGAGCUUCUGGGUUGAUGCACAACAUUACAGUGAAGAUGUACCCCAGGGACGCAGAGAUUCUACUUAUUGGUCGCAGAUGGUUUGUAUCGCUACUUCUCCACUGACAAGGAGUCUCAACUGCAGGCACUUCAAUCUGAAGAACCUCUGGAGGUUUGGUUGCAUGAAAAAUGCACCAAGAGCACUGAAGCGUUCUGAGAGGCUUUACAUGGCCGCGUCAUCAUGUUACCUCAAAGCAACUCGAAGCGUGCACAAACAGAGUGACCCACGUCUCUCAAAGGGGCCGGAGCGAUGAAUUAGACAGAUUGUACUCAUCAUCCUUGACGUUUUCUUGGAAAUGAAAGGAUGCAUCGGACAAGAACCAUUGUAUUGAUACCUACUAUGUGGCUUUGUGGACAUCUGAGAUCUGAGCCUUUCUGAGCCAAAAAACAUGGAAAGGUCGAGGCUGCAAACAUCUGAAAGAUUGUGCUGGGCUUCCUGGCCGUGGAAAAGAAGGCGGUUGCACACGGCUGUUGCACAACGACUCCUGAUUUUGG